UCUUGGAGUACAGUGUCAAGCGGCUGUGCCUGGGAACGAUGAUUAUCACUGAUAGAUGCCUGGUCACCAAGUGCCCGCGCUGUACUUUGAAGAUCAAAAUGGCGUUGAUUGUGAUCGCUUUCAGCCUUAGUAUAGUUGUUGUUGUGAUUGGCGCUUUUGUUUUCCAGAUCCUUCCGAGACUGUUUCCUAAACUCAAGACGUUGCUGCCGUCGCGAGCGGUUGUCAGCUACGUACAAGUCGUGCCCAUCAGCUUCAUUUUCCCCGCUCUGUUGUGGCUGUUUUUCUUUGUUUAUCUGGAAGCCCAUGUCCCUGAAAACCCGUACUCUUCGUUGCUAGGGUGGUGGCAUACGUUUUUCACCCUCUACAUGAUGGCAAACGCUGUUUUCAACUACUACAUGACCGUCCUCACUAACCCCGGAUAUCCACAGACCCAGGAGGAAUACGCGCGUGACAGAUGCUUCGUGAAAACUUUCCAAGCAUGUAUGAAGUGCAAGCGAGUUCGAAGCGCUGGAACACAUCACUGCAGCUGGUGUCACACCUGCGUGGAAAUGAUGUGCCACCACUGUCCCUUUACAAACAACUGUAUCGGGCGCCGAAACUACGUCUACUAUUACACUUUCUUGGCGUAUGCAUUCUUCGGCCUCUUGUAUGCCUGCUACCUGGCCUACUUCCCUUUUGUGAGCUGCAUGUCGGGUCUUGCUCUAAAGAAGUUCAAAGAAACUUUUGCUAACAUGCCGCACUUGAGCGCCCUUCAUCGGUAUUCAUCGUCAAAGGAUUCAUUGAUGAGAUAUUUCGACGAUGUCAAGAUGAGCGAAAGCUGUGAAGCCUUACAGGAAUACGCGGUCUUGUUUGCUCCAGCUGUUGGAAUUACCUGCUUCAUUGCUGCAUUAUUUCUGUUCCAGACAUGGCUGCUUCUCUUAGACAUGUCGAUUGUUGAUUUCUAUGAAUCGCUUUCGAAUGCCACAUCAUUCCAGGAGCUUCUCCGAAUAUGGCAUGUCAGUUUAUUCAAACGAAAGAAGUUCAGGUUCACCCACUUGAUCCUCAGGAAGAAAAGUCAUUGGUGGAAAUUUUUUGUACCAUGUCCAUCUGAUGUGGAAAGUGACUUACCACCCAAGGACCUGUAAAAACAUUACAGGUGGCUUAACCUUUGAGGGUGGGAGGGUAGAGGCAGAGGGGGAAUCUCUGUAUUGCUCUUCAAAUUUGUUUUAAAGAUGACUGACAAGUUAGUUUGGUUAUGGCAUGUUAUCCCAAAGGUACCAACAGUGAAAAACAAAACAGUGAAUGAGUGGUUUGGAAUAGACCUUUUCACAGCCACUGUUGCCAUCUUGUUUAGGGGGCAAACACACCAAAAAUUGCGGUAAAUGUAUGGGAAAAAAUAAAAGUUUGAUGCCCAAUAAGUUGAGAGUGAUUGACUUUUGGAGUAUUUUAUGAGUUACAAGGAAAACAUACCCAGCAGAAGGUUUUUUGGUCAAAUUUGAAGACCAUAGAUUGGUUGUGAGGUGAGGAAUUGCACUUUUAAUUUUUCAUACAAAUGUCUCUAAAUUUUCCCACAAAUUGUGACUCAGUUUUACAGACAAGUGUAUGGAAACAUGAAAACCUUAAUUGUGACUUUUCUAGCAAGUCUAUUUCCCUCAAAUAAAAUCAGUAAAUUCUUUCACCCAGUAUCUUAAAAUUUAAAUUCAUAAAUUAAUGCUUCUGGCCCGGGUUGUUCGAAGGGUGGAUAACACUAUCCACCAGAUAAAUCACCAUCCAGCAGAUAGCGUGGUUUGUUUUGUUAACACUUAUCCACUGGAUAGCGAUUCAGUGGCAUAAAUAAGAAGGCAUCAGAAACUGUGAAAAGGUCUAUUAUCCCAAACAACACAAUGACUACAUACGUUGCAGCUCAGAUAUAAGCAAACCAAAAUGUAUGCGUAAUUUGUGUCAGCUGAAAACGCUUCUAUUCAUACGCACAUACAUACAUACAUGUAUAAAGUAUGGCUCAUUAGUAUGUGUAAAGUAUGGCACAUUAGUAUGUAUGAGCUAACGUAUUGUUUCUUAACGUGCUGAUACCAUUUGGAAGAUUCUUCCUAAGGAUGGCAUGCAUGUUACUCUGCAUUUUUAGAAGAAGGUAUUAGGUAAUUUGAUAUGAGGGCAGCAUCUUAGACAUUUCACUUGAUUCAAAGCCAGGUGAUCAAAUGUAUCCAAGAUGAAGUGUCGUGCUUGAACUCACAAUAUACCAGUCAUGCAGCACAGCAAAGUCACUCCUACUAACACAUCGUGUGGUUCCAGAAAAUAUUAAUUUUCCCCAUGGAUGGUUUGUUGGUUUGAACCCACCCUCAUCCCUCUGGAAAUUUAAGUUUUCCUUCAUACAUUUCUUUGGAAGGUUGGCUUUGAGACCCCUCACACCCUCAGAAUUUCCACUGACACUCCAUGGGGUGGGUGUGGAUAUUUUCUGAACUACACAAUGGCACUUCAAGCAUUGUGCUAAACUUGCACCUGACCCAAAUAUUUAUACAAACGUGUUAGUGGAUGAGAAAUAUAAGUUUCUUUGUGGCAUGAAUAUUUUAGUUUUUGGCAGUCUGACUUUUUCCGUAAUCUUGUUGCACUUCACUGGCACUGCCUACAUAAUUUGUAAAGGCACCUGUAGGAGAGAAAUUUACUGUGGUCUUUAUAUUAGCUGCAGUUCACUUCAAGUCAACUUUUAACAACUUUUUGCUGAGUCUGGGUUUUAUUUUGGAGUUGUCAAAAUAGCUACUUUCCCAAGUUUAACAGAUUGACCUCAUGACUCAGAUCUCCUAUUUCAGCUGGUGUGCUUUAUCUGCUUUCACUUUAGUUCAGGACAAGAUCAUUGUUAGUACUUUUCAUUCCCACCCUUUCCACCCAUUCAUUGGUGGACAGAGAGGGUAUUUUUUCUUAUCACUAUCUCCUGGGGAAGUUGUGAGUUAAUAAGGCUCUCUGUGACAAACAACUAUGUGUAUGUGUAUUAGGGUCUGUCUUUGAGCAAAUUGUGUUGUUUAUGAGAGAAAUUACGUAAGAAAUUUGUUAGUGAAAUAUUACAGAAACUUUAAUUAUUUAUUUGCACACUAAUUUAUAGGCGGAGAAGUUAAUGCAAGGCAUUAGGAUAAAAACCGCUUGCAAACAAAGUUGUUUUUUGUCGUUAUAAUAAGACCUGCAAAAUGUUUUUCAUGUAAUUUAAUUUAAGUUAUGAGAUUUACAAGAAUGUACAAGUGAACUUGUUAUAUAAAAUGCACAACUUAUGAUACAUCUACUUCCACAUAGAACAGAUCACAGGUACAAUCUGUAGAUCACCAAGUUAAAAAUCUGAGUGUGCAAGUUGGAAGCAGUAUUGUCACAAAGCAGUAAAACAAGUACUUGUUCAACCACAUUAAGUUUGCAUAGUGUGUGAUAACAGAAAUAUUAAAAUAGAACAUUCUUGUUUCGUGUGAAAUCUUAAACGUGUAUUCCCUUGUUUGGUUGGCCUCAUUAAAUUGUCUGAACAAAAUUA